AAUUCGUUUCUAUGUAAAUCUUCAUAAGAACGGGACGUUUCGUGUGGCGCUUUGUGACUUCCAAUCGAAAAGAAAAGUUAUUUGCUAUAUGCAGAACUAAAAGAAACUAAAGAAAAUAGUCUGCACAUUGAAAGUACACAAUAUCAGUCAGAAUUACAAUAAAUUUAUUAUAAAAUUGCCAUAUAAACAAGAAUAAGGAUGUCUUUUUGUUAAAAUCUGUUUUUAGAAUUUUUAUCAAUAAAUAUACGGCAUUUUUAAAUAAAAUGAAUUCAGGCGAUGGCAGUAAUGGCCCUGGAGGAGGCAGUGGAGCUGGGCCAGGUGGAGGCGGUGGAGAACCCUUGAAAAUUAUAAAAACCCAAUUAAUACCCCAUCCACAUCCAGUAUCUUUACAACAAUCACAACAACAACAACAACACCAUUCACCAUUGCCCUCACCUACAACAUCGACUCCAACACCGUUACAAUUACAAUCUUCCUCCUCUACUACUAUCACAACUCCCCCCAAUACCAAUAUUAGUAAUAGUACUCCUCCAACAGCACCACAACAAUCCGUUGUCCAUCAUACACCAUCCAUACAAUUGAAAAAUCCAACAAAUGUAACAAAUUUAUUUUCUUUAAAUCCAGUUGCAGCCAAAAUAACGCAUGUCAAGACAACAACAAUUGAUGCCGUUGUCGGAGGUUCUGGUGGUGGUGGUGGUAUUUCAUUGAGUGGUUUAACACCAACAGCAAUAGGCAGUGUUGGUGGUGGCGGCGGCGGCGGCGCUGGCAAUAGCGGUGGCAUUGUAACAAGUGCGGGACUAUCUGCGGUAGGAGCUAUUAAGGUAGGCAACAGUGGUGCCGUUGCAACCUCUCUAAGUGGCACACCGAUUGCACUGAACUCAUCCCAAUCGCCGGGAGCAGGAGGGGCCACAUCUAUACGCGCCAUUGGUGCUGGCGGUCAGUCGACACAGGUCAGAGUUGUAAUGAGUAAUCUCAUGUCACCUUCGAUGAUCAAACAAUUGGAAAAUGCCGGACCUGGUCGCACCCAAAUCACCGCAUUUCCCACUGCUUCAGCCAGAUCUGUAUCGAAUACUUCCAUAACGGUAACUAGAUCAGCAACACAAGCCACAUAUUUGCCACGUCCCAAUGCAGCGGGCAAUCAAAUGACCGGGGUGGGCAUGGGUGUAUCGGCCGGCCAACGUUUGGUGACACCCAUACGGACCACACCUGCCUCCGUGCAAGGUGGAACAAGUGGCGGGGCCACAGUGACGGGUAUAACAGCAGCCGGUAAUUUUGUACGCGGCACAGCAGUGAGUCGGAACACAUCGUCGCCGGCCACCACAGUUAUAUCACCGGCCACAAGUACCACAUGGAUGGCAGCAAAUCAGUCUGGGCAUCAAGUGCAAUUAAUACGAGCCAUACCGCAUCAGCCAAGGCAACGUAUUAUAACCACACAGGGUAUAAGUGGAGUGCCGGUAUCGGCGACGGGCUCAGUGGCAUCUGUAAGUGGUACAGUGGUGACUACCACAGCAUCGGCCUUGCAAUCAGGUGGCGGAGCCAUGGUGGUUUCCCAGCAGCAUCAUACGCCAACAUCCCAGCAACAAGGACAGCAAUCUACCAUACAAACCGUUUCCUCGGCCUCCUCACAACAACAGCAACAACAGCAGACAUAUGUGGCCACAGUCUUACCACCGCGACAACAUCAGGCCACCUUGGUCUAUUCCUCAAAUGUCUCUGGAUCUCAACAGUUGACAGCGGGUCAACAACAACAAUUCAAUCCCACCUCAGUGGCUGGUGGCGGACCAAGAUUUGCGGUGGCAACACCUCUCACACCUGGAAGCGGCAGCUCCGGAGCCACUCGUCAAAUACGUCCCAUACCAUUUGCCAAAUCAUUUUCGGCAACAAAAUUAAAUACAACAAGUAUUAGUAUACGUGCACCUAAUUUACCCCAAUUGGCUCCCUCCAUGGCUGCAUCGAAUGUUGUCAGUUCAGCAAAUGUGGCUGCAGCAAAUUCACCCCGCAGUACGACAGUGACGGGUGUAACAGCCUCGAGCGCCAAUGUAAUACCAUCGACGACAACGCGUAUAAUCCAACUGCAGCAACAGCCAGGAGGAACCACGCAACAGAUAAUUGGACCAACAGGUCGUUUGGCAGCCAAUGUUAUGUUGCAGCCGAUAAUUGUCAAUACCGCAGGAGCUGGGAAGAUAGGUAUACGUCCUCCCGUAACAAUGGCAGCUAAAGUUCAACCACCAUUGACAAUAACUCAACUGGGCAUUGGAAAACUUCCCUCUUCCUCGUCGUCAGCAACAUCUGUCUCCGGCGGCGGUGGUGGUCAACAAAAUAUCAAUACCAGUAGCGGCAAUGCUUCACCCUCGAUUUCAUCGGCCAGUAUAACGGUCACAAAUUUGUCCACAAAUGCCACAACUCAAUUGGUGAAUGUCUCACAGGCUGGUGGUGGCACUAGUGGCGGUCAAUUGUUAGCCACCCAGAAUUUGGUAACAUCCAGUUCCGGUUCAACGGUAACAGCCGCCGGUGGUGCAACCGUUGUUCCUCUUGCAAUAAAUGCUCGUGGUUCGAGUGGUGGCAACAUAAUAACUGGGACCAUGACACCCAUUAAAAAUGCCAGUGCCAUAACUGUGGGUAAGGUAAUGACCCAGUUAUCUUCGCCCCUAGAAAAUUCAGCGAAUUCCUCGAGUAACAAUGUGUCCGCCACCUCCUCCACGGCAAAUGUUUUCAUACAUGCUCCCACCCCUCAAAGGCCUCACAGUAACAGCAGCACAAGUAGUAACAGUGGCGGUGUGGUUGUCAACACUUCAUUAUCAUCCGCAGGAGGUGCUAGUUCUAGUCAGGCACCUGCCAGCGUCCUAACAUCAGCAGGUGCUAAUGUUGUUGCCGGGACAUUUUUACAACCAGGCAGUACAAUAUAUUACGAAUCGGUUCCAGCUAGCUCGGUACAGGUUUCGACGGGAGUCUUAUCGCUUACCACUACCACAGUAACCAGCAGUACAAUGUCCCAAAAUCAAAUCGCAAGUUCCGCGGCCAAUUUGUCAAUUUCGUCCUUGCCAUUUGUAACACAUGCAGGUGCUGGUAGUAACUCAACAACUGCCACAUUCACGGUGGUUCCCUCAACAGGAGGACGAACAAUUGGCCAAUUGCAAAUACCAGUUUCAAAUGCUGGAACACAAAUUCAAACCGUGCCUGUUCGUUUCAGUCAGUUAUCAAGCACUGGACAGAUGACAGGCGAUACAGGUAUAUCUGUAUCCCAGGCAGCCUCACAACUGCUACAGCAAUCGGCAGCAGGAUUGGAAACUUCGCAGAUAAUUAUACCUGCAUCUCAAUGUCAGCCGCAUGUUUCAACGGCCGGUGGUAGUUCCUCACAAUCACAGCAAACCCAUCAAAUGGUUAUUCCCCUGCAGACAUCAAUAAAAGUCACCUCUGGCUCAACGGGCACUGCAGUGGUCUCCAACUUUUUGCGAAAACGUGAUGCAGAUGGUUCUCCCAUUCGGGCAGCGAAAAAUCUGCAACCCACUCUAAUAUCAAUGGGUUCUGCCAAUAAUUUGAUCAACAACUCAUCGUCGCCAGCCUCAUCUUCCAUUGGAGGUGGUAGUUCGUAUAGUUUAACUUCGGUUACAUCCAGUAGUGGUGGAGGAGCUACAGUUCUUACAGCUGAGGCAUUGGCCAAGAAGGAUAGAAGUAACAACAACCUGUCGACACCCAUGAAUUCUUCCUCCCUACCAUCGGCCAGAUCAUCUCGGGCCGAUUCUCCAGCCUCAUCAGAUGGUUCCACAACCGUUUCAGCUAAUUCUUCCCCAGGCGUUGAACAACAAAUACAAGAUAACAACAUGAUUAUAAAUCGUAUGACUGGUGGAUCCAAUCACACUAUCGAAUCACAUUUUAAUCCCAUCAAUGAGCUUUACUCCAAUCAUCAUUCUGUGGUUUCACAGCAGCAUAUUAUACCGGGUACACCGGUUACCACAAGAAAUCUUAGCUCGAUGGUGGAGCAUCAUCAUGGCGGCGCUGCGUCCGGCGGUAUACAUGGGCCAAGUUCCACAGCAACGACGGCAAUAACCAUACAGCAAAGACUUAAUGGUGUGGGCGGUACAAUGGAUUGUCCACCACGCAAAAAAUCCAGGAGAUCAACAAACGAUAGUCAAUUAUCCACCCACAGUCAGGCAUCGCUGAGUUUACCACCACCUCAGGCUGCCAAUACUAAUAAUACAUCUUCAACAAGUCUAUCACAACCGCCCGCCAUUGCCCAGGAACCCACAAUGACAACAGUUAUUAGUAACGGCACAGCGUCAAAUACUACGGCGGGUGUUACAUCAACGCCCUCGGGUAAUGAGGUUGUUAAUGGCAAGGAGAACACAAAACCAGUGGAAUUUAUAUUGAAACGUCCAAAGAAUUGUACUCUUAUGAGUACCUAUAAACAAACAUGGAAAUCAGCUUAUAAUCAUUUUCAACGUUACUCUGAUGUUAAGCCGCGCGAAGAGAGACGUCCCACCAUCAUGGAUUUGGCCAAUCAAAAUAAUGUCUUGGGCAAAAUAAAUGGUUGGAAAAUUUAUCAUUUGAAAUCACAAAUGGAAGAUUUGUGUGAAAAUGAGUCUUUGGGUUAUGAAAAACUGUCAAGUAUGCUGAAGCAAAUGGAAUCGAACGGUAUUACAAAUGAAAUUGAACGUAUAAGCGAUUUAUUAAAGGGCAACAUGCAACGUAGUAAAAUUAUUGUGGAUGGUGUUAGUGAAGCUCAAAAUCAAAUAAUGAAAAUAUUCGAACAUAAAUCCCAUGUAUCGGAUAUUAUUACGCGAUGUGCCUCCAAACGCAACUAUAAAAAACGUGAGAAAGUAUAAAUUGUGGUGAAUAGAAUGGAAAGAUGGCGGUGUGAAACUUCAACUAAGUAGGAAAGCAACCACCCAUAUCGUUAAGAGCCUGUACAACAAACCAACUAAACAUACUUGUUCUGAUUUGUGUAAAAAGGAAAAAACAAA